AUGUCUCUCACUUUCACACCUUCCAAUGCCAUCGACAUGUCCAAGGAGAAGGAGUGGGCCGCGAGUCUAGGCAUGCUCGAUUGGGAUGCGACGCGCAUUGUCUUUACGAAGAGAUCUUUGAUUGAAUUUCUCAGAAUCACUGGGACCACUGUAGACCCCAACUUCUCAAACAUAUCUAAACUGCCCAGUAUGUUAUGGUCGCAAAGGAUUGAUACCAUUCUCAUCAAGUUGACAGAAUUCGCUACAUUCGGCAAGCUCUCUGAGGAUGCUCAAACCUCCGUCGCGGCUGCUAAUGUCUCUGGAAACUCGGAUGCGUUUAAGCCCACACGUCGUGUUCGUGACGUGCCCGGAGGAAAGCACACGGACAUCUUUGGUGAACAUUUCCAGAACGAAGCUGACGCUUUAGCGAACGCCCCUCCGAAAGACAUCUUGAACAAAAUCAAGGAAUCUGAAUUUCCUGCUUCACCACCGAUACCACAAAGUGUCACGACUACAACCGAAAAUGAGGAAGAAUCGGGAUUCAAUUUCUCUUCACAGUCAGUCCCCAGCAGACGCGUGAGGACCAAUCCUGGAGGCAAUAGCACAAUGGGAAACCUUUGGGAUCCAGUUCAGGAAGAAUUCAAGCCAACCCGAAGGGUUCGUCAGGGACCAGGUGGGACUGAUCAAGUGGGAAGUCUUUUCUAA